AAACCCUAAAACCCUAAAACAUACAAAUAAACAAAAACAACAACACCACCACCACCAACAGCAUUCCUGGACAGAUACAUGCCCAGCGCAGGCCAUAGCAGCAGAAACACUCAGCCUCAGCGGAAAACGGAGAAAGCAGCGGAGUUGGCGUUGGAACGGGGAGGUGAAGCGCGCGACGCUGCGUGGUGUCCGAUUCCUCGAUGCAUCCCCUCUGCGCACGCGGAACCAUGAAGCACGAGAUCAGCGCCGCCGUCGGGUUCCUGUCCCGGUUCCUGCGCGUGAAGGGGCUCGUGAACGACCGACAACUUCAGACAUUCAGCCAGAUUCUCCAGGACAUGAUGGCAGAGCAAUACAAGCACCACUGGUUUCCGGAUCGGCCGUGUAAGGGUUCAGGCUACCGCUGCAUCCGCAUUAACCACAAGAUGGACCCACUGGUGGGUCGGGCAGGCCAGCGCAUCGGCCUCAGUACGCAGCAGCUCUACCUGCUGCUGCCCAGCGAGCUCACUCUUUGGGUCGACCCGUUUGAGGUGUCAUACCGCAUCGGCGAGGACGGCUCCAUCUGCGUUCUUUACGAAUCACAGCCCAACCCCAGCGCGAACGCAAACGCCAGCAUCAACGCUUCCACUGGAACCAGCAGCUCCGCCUCAUCCGUGUCAUCCAUGCUGGAUAGUCACAUCAGCUGCAAGGAAGAACUGCUGGUGCUAGGUCGAACCAGCCCGGCUAAGCCCUACAUGAUGACCGUGUCCAGUUAAAGGAGCCACGGCUCGUCCUAUUUUAUUUUUUUUUUCUUUAUAAAUAAUGCAAAAAAAAAAAAGAGGAAAAAAAUUAUGAAAGAGGAGAAAAAAAAGCAGAGGAUGUAACCUAAUGUUCAGGCGAUGGAAACCUCGUAGGUUUAAUUGCGCUCGUUUUUGGUUGUCUGUUCUUUUUGUGUUGAAUCAACCAGAGGCUCAGACCCUGGGGCAGCUAUGAAGACGUGAGAUAUCGCCCCUCAUCCUGGAAUAGACUGGUCUGCCUGGCCGGACUAGGGGCUUUUGCUCAUGUCUAUCAAUGGUGACUUUGCACUUUCGCUCUCUUUGUUAGUUUACCGCUCCACCACCAACACCGAAAUAUUAUUAAACCAAAAAUGGUUGCUCUGAAGCCCAGGUACCAGUAGCUGCACUGGCGCUGAGGGGCUGCCUCUAAGAGUCUGUUCCUUCUUGUGCUUGUUUUUUUUUUUUUUUUUUUUGAGCGCUCCAUGAGGCACUGUUUGUUUUUAUCUCCAUCUCAGCCCCUGGGUUACUGCUGUUGCCAACUUUCGACCUCUCUUCCUGGGCUUCUGACCAACCCACAGUUUUAACAAAAAGCCCUACUCUCUUCGAGUUCUCUGGAAAUGCCCGUGUCCGUCACUCUGCUGUCAUUCUGUCCUUGUCAACACUGUGGCAGGAAUGUAGUCAUGUGUAGUUUCUUACUAGGGUGGGGCCUCCACACCGUCAUGGAUUACUGUCGUUUGGAGAGGAAUUUCAUUUUGUGGCGCCAAAAGAAGGGUGUGUAGUGUAGUUGUCCCAGUCUCAUAGACAGCUUAGAAAAGACGUUGAAUGCACUUCUUGGCAAUGAGAUGGCAUGGAAAGUUCCUUUUUAGAAAUUCCAACAUUUUGAAUAUCGUCACUUAUUUCGGUUCUUUUUAUGUAGCCUGGUGAAUUCGCUUUAUCCACAGAAAACAACUCUUUUCAUCUUAGGCCUAGGCACCGUAUCCCAACAGAGCUGCAGGUGAAAAGUGACCAUAAACUGGUGUACCAUUUUAAGCUGAUUUUAAUACUACAGUCUGUGUGGGAAUGUGGCCUGGGGUGGUUUGCGUAGUUUUAACUUUCCAGUGGUUUUAAACCAAGACCAAGUUGUGCGAGAGUAGCUCUUUGCUUGUGUGAUUAUUAUGAGCAGGGAGAGUGGUGACGGUCCUGCACUGGUUGUUGGGAAGCUGUGUGUGUGUGUGUGUGUGUGUGUGUGUGUGUGUGUGUGUGUGUGUGAGAGAGAGAGAGAGAGAGAGAGAGAGAGAGAGAGAAUGUGUGUAUCUUGACGAUAAGAUAACCAUCAUGUAUUUGGUUUUAUGCCUAAACCACCCCAAACCGGCUAGGCUAGUCUAUUCCUGUGCCUCUUAGAAGCGGGAGCAGGUGUUUCUCCCCCAUUUCCUCGUACCGCACAGGGCUCAGCCCGAAGGCGUCUCUGCCAAGCACGGCCAUGUCGCCUGCUGAUGGCAGACGGGCAGAAGAGAGGACUAUAGGGCCUGCUGUCACACAAAGAGCUGGAGCGCACUCUUAUCACAUAUCAUCUCCCUCCUCAGGCUGGGUGGAUGUGUGUGUGUGUGUGUGGGGGGGGGGGUCACACACCAGACCAGGGCAGCUAAAAUCCCUUCCCCCUGAUCUCCCCCAUCACCACAUACUCACUGAACAGCCGUGAGGAGAGGCCAGCCAGCACACACGCACACUGAGUGCACUCCAGACCCACUGAGCCUUAUUAUGAGAGAGGGAGAGAGAGAAAGAGGGAGAGAGAACGGAGCUAACCGGCUUUGGCUCACGGUGCUGCUGAUGGAUUCAUGUUGAAUCUGUUUACAAUAAAUCAGAUACACACUAGUGUGAGUGGGGCAAGAUCAGUGUAAGGAAGAUGCGUGUGUGUAUGUGUGAGGCAAUGAAGCCAGGACAUUGAUGCACCAUUCUCUCUUUCUCGUUUUUUCUCUUCUCUCUCUCUCUCUGUCUCUCUCUCAUUAGUUCAUCCUACCCUUGUCAAACAGUAGCACACUGGCUUAUAGGCGCUAAUUCUUUUCAAACUGGCUGAUGCAAUUUCACAUGACAGGUUAGUAAAAGCACGAACCGACGAGCCUACGACAGGCAGACGGACCACGCUCUCUGGACAUGGACCAGAGAAUCUACUGUCCUGUCCUAUUUUUUUUUGUCUCCCUAAACUCCGACAGCCAGCACUCCCCCGAUUAUCCAGAUUUUUUUUUUUUUAAUAUUAAGAGCGUUUCACCUCACUUAACCGAAUUCGAACGUUUUUCGAACCUACGAUGUAGAACAACUAUCACUCCGCCAUCUAAACACGAAGAACCCACGCUGAGCCUUAUUCGAGUUCAGAUAGCCUCGGCGCAAACAGGCUUCAGUGACGUUGGAUAUUUAGAGGAAAGAGCACAUAAAAUGCACUAUGUUAAACGUUGAAGUUAUGCGACACUGAGAUGUGAACAUCUCUACAAGGAAUGUAUUGCCAAACUCAGGCCUCAGACAUUCAAUGAAACUUGGUGUUAAGAUGUGGAGCAUGGAAGGGAAUUUCUUUCAUUUGUGUCAUUUUUGUCAAUCUUUUCAACAACAAGUAGAAUUAUUGUCACUUUCACAUGUUGGGUGUCAUAUUUGUAGAAUGUGUUGUAAGUGUAACAACGUAUAGUAGAAUACCAACAUAACCUUACACAAUGGAAAGUGCCACUAAUUUAUAUUUUGAGAUGUUUAGAUGUGUUCCUUUUGUAUUUCAUAUUUUAACACAGAUUGCUCUUUCAUAAAUGAAGCCAUUUGUGUCAGGAGUGUUGGCGAGGACCAAAGUUGUUUUGGUACAUAAUUGUUUCCAUGCUCUGUGCCAAUAGAUUUGUCCUUUGUUGUUUUUUUCCCUUCUUUUUUUUUUCUUUUUUUUUUUUUUUUUUUUUU